GCGCUUAUGAAUGAAUAUCGAGUCCCAGAACUCAAUGUACAAAACGGUGUCCUCAAGUCAUUGGCCUUUCUCUUCGAAUACAUCGGCGAAAUGGGAAAGGAUUACAUCUAUGCCAUCACUCCUCUUCUAGAGGACGCCCUAAUGGACAGGGAUUUGGUCCACAGACAGACCGCGUGCGCCGCCAUUCAGCACAUGGCUCUCGGCGUCUAUGGUUUUGGUUGUGAAGACGCGUUGACACACAUUAUGAACUACGUCUGGCCCAACAUUUUCGAGACCUCCCCUCACUUGGUCCAGGCCUUCAUGGGAGCCAUCGAGGGCUUGAAGGUGUCGUUGGGACCCAUCAAGAUGUUGCAGUACACCAUCCAGGGUCUCUUCCAUCCGGCGCGCAAAGUGAGAGAUGUCUAUUGGAAAGUCUAUAACACUCUCUACAUCGGAGGUCAGGACACACUAGUGGCCGGUUAUCCCAGAGCUUCGAAUGACUCGAAGAAUAAUUAUAUUCGUUAUGAAUUGGAUUACGCGCUCUAAUUAUGUCCGUUUCGUUUGGAGUCCUGUUUUGAGUUAAAGUUUUAAAAUGAGAUGUCAUUAAAACAUUAAUUAUUAUUACAUUAAACACUUUUCUUUUUCACUUUUACCAC